AUGUGGGAGUUUCGUUCCAUGAAUUUUUGGCGGGCGGUCUUCGCAGAGUUCUUCGGGACCAUGUUCUUUGUAUUUUUCGGCAUGGGUGCUGCCCUGCGUUGGACCACCGGGCCUCAUCAUGUCCUUCAUGUGGCCCUGUGCUUUGGGCUAGCAGCUGCCACCCUCAUCCAGUCCAUUGGACACAUCAGUGGGGGACACAUUAACCCUGCUGUCACCUUUGCUUACCUUGUCGGCUCACAGAUGUCUCUUUUCCGCGCCAUUUUCUACAUGGCUGCACAGUGCCUGGGUGCAGUGGCUGGGGCUGCUGUGCUGUAUGGGGUCACACCUGGAAACAUGAGGGGCAACAUGGCAAUGAACACGCUGCAGCCUGGCAUCAGUCUGGGAAUGGCCACCACUGUGGAGGUUUUCCUCACCAUGCAGCUGGUGGUUUGCAUCUUCGCUGUGACCGACGAGAGGAGAAAUGGACGCUUGGGGUCUGCUGCCCUUUCCAUUGGCUUCUCCGUCACCAUUGGCCAUCUUAUGGGGAUGUACUACACCGGUGCUGGGAUGAACCCUGCAAGGUCCUUUGCCCCUGCUGUGCUCUUCAGGAACUUCUUAAACCACUGGGUGUACUGGGUUGGGCCCAUGAUAGGAGGUGCAAUGGGUGCCCUCUUGUAUGAUUUCAUGCUGUUCCCGCGCAUGAGGGGUCUCUCAGAGCGCCUCGCCACACUGAAGGGCAGCCGGCCCCCAGAGAGCGAGACCCAGCAGGACACCCGUGGGGAGCCCAUCGAGCUUAAGACACAAGCCCUAUAAACCUGCCCCUGCUCCCCUUCUCCGACUGGGGCCCAGGGAUGAGGGACAGGGCCCUGAGCUAUGCCAGUCCUACCUCCACCGCCCCCCCAUGCCUUCACACAUCAUUGCACAAGACUAACCCAAAUACUCGCAUGUAAACCAACACAUAAGAAUUUUGCAAUGUAAAACCCGACACACAAACAGAUUCAAAACCUCCAAACUGAACAGACAACAAGGCUCC